AAUGAAAAAAGCGUGCCACAACUCUUGAUCAGAGACCUGAAAUUUGAGAAGAAGUCAUUAGCUAAGCUCAUGUUUUCUCCUGAUCAAGAAAAUCAUCCAUCAAAAGCACCAGUAAAAUAUGGUGAAUUGAUUGUAUUAGGGUACAAUGGGUCUCUCCCAAAUGGAGAUAGAGGAAGAAGAAAAAGUAGGUUUGCUUUAUUUAAAAGGCCCAAGGCAAAUGGGGUGAAACCUAGCACUGUGCAUAUUGCCUGUACCCCUCAAGCAGCAAAGGCAAUAAGUAAUAAGGACCAACACAGCAUAUCUUAUACUUUGUCUCGGGCCCAGACUGUAGUAGUUGAAUAUACACAUGACAGCAACACAGAUAUGUUUCAGAUUGGUCGGUCAACGGAGAGUCCUAUAGACUUUGUUGUGACAGACACAGUUCCUGGAAGUCAGAGUAAUUCAGAUACACAGUCUGUGCAGAGCACUAUAUCAAGGUUUGCCUGCAGAAUCAUAUGUGAACGUAACCCUCCUUUUACAGCAAGAAUAUAUGCUGCAGGAUUUGACUCCUCAAAAAACAUCUUUCUUGGGGAGAAAGCUGCGAAGUGGAAGACAUCAGAUGGGCAAAUGGAUGGGCUAACCACAAAUGGUGUUCUUGUUAUGCAUCCCCGUAAUGGAUUUACAGAAGACUCCAAGCCAGGGGUGUGGCGAGAGAUAUCUGUCUGUGGGAAUGUGUUCAGCCUCCGUGAAACCAGAUCAGCUCAGCAGAGGGGAAAAAUGGUUGAGAACGAAACGAACCAACUCCAAGAUGGCUCUCUAAUUGACCUGUGUGGAGCAACACUGCUGUGGCGCACUGCGGAAGGGCUUUCACGCACUCCUACUGUCAAGCACCUGGAGGCACUAAGACAGGAAAUAAAUGCGGCGAGGCCCCAGUGUCCCGUGGGGUUUAACACCUUGGCAUUUCCCAGCAUGAAGAGGAAAGAUGUUGUAGACGAAAAGCAGCCGUGGGUGUAUCUGAACUGUGGCCACGUCCACGGCUAUCACAACUGGGGAAACAAAGAGGAGAGAGACGGCAAGGAUCGCGAGUGUCCCAUGUGCCGCUCCGUCGGCCCCUAUGUGCCUCUGUGGCUUGGAUGCGAAGCAGGAUUUUAUGUGGAUGCAGGACCUCCAACUCAUGCGUUCAGCCCAUGUGGACACGUGUGCUCAGAAAAGACAACUGCAUAUUGGUCCCAAAUUCCUCUUCCUCAUGGUACUCACACUUUUCACGCAGCCUGUCCGUUCUGUGCACAUCAGCUGGCUGGUGAGCAAGGUUACAUCAGACUCAUUUUCCAAGGACCUCUUGACUAACACAUGUGUUACUGAGGACUGCAGUAAACUGAUAAGCUAAGCGAUUCUGAUUUUUAAACCGUUUUUCGUAUUCUCUGGGCUUUGCUGGUUUGCAUUAAGAUGAAGAAUUUUUGGGUUUUUGUUACAACAGCUAAAUCCCUCUCUAUUGAGAAAAGUCUGGAAAUGGAAGAAAUGGGGGGAGAAGGGGGAGAACUGCUUUUUUUUAGCUAAUAACUACUUCUGAAGAGGUGAAGUGUUGUAGAAUGAACUUUGAUGCCUUCCAUUUAAUGGUUUUGAAUCACAUGCCCACAGUGUUUGAAAGUUGUUUCAUUCUUUUUGUAUAUGGAGGGUAAAUAGUUCAAAGAACAUUAGUUUACAGCUUGGAUGCAAACAUUGUAAAAUAUAACGUGUAUAUUAACUCUUUUCUAUUUAUCUUUAUUAUUGAAAAUACGUAGAAUGUUUAGAGAGUAGCAUGGUCAUAGUGUGUUCAUCCAGCAAUUGGAUGUGUAGAGUAGUUCUGGAUGGAGAAGGACGUGAGAUGGAAAUGGUAGAAAAAUCUUUUUUAAUCUAAAAUACUGAGUUCUUAGAAUAGUUAAAAUGCUUUUUAAACAAAGCUAAUGCAAAUUAUGAUGGCAUAAAGGUGUGCUUAACCAUGUUGAAAGGUAGCUAAGAAGGACUUCUUAAAAUGUCUUUUUGGUAGGACUGUACUUAAGAUCUGGUUAUGAGGAGAAUAUUUACCAGACUCUUUGAAUAUGCAACUUAGUCUAGAUUAAGGAUUUUUUUCUCCCUUCACGCUAACACAUCUCUUUAUUUAGCAUUAGUGACAUUUGUGAGGGUUUUUCCAAUGUUAAACAUUAACAAACCUGAAGGACGAGGCUCAUUUUGUUCCUUGCCGUUUGGGGUGCGGGGUGAGGGGAGAGGCAGAUGUGCCUGUGCACAUGUGUGGGGAGCAGGGAGCAAUUUGUGAAUUGGCCAAGGCCACACCUUGUGACAGGCUUGUCAGUCGGAUGUUCUGCCUUUCUGCUGGCCCGUUGCAAACUGGCACUUGGGCGCGCGGGAGCCACGGGCUUCACAGGCUUGCCUUUACCCUGCUGCGAGGAGCUGGCUGCAAAUGCUCACCUAGGCCACGCACGGAACAAAGCUGAAGCCUGGUACCCAAGGGAUGCGUGCCUGCGUCCUUGUGCAACUUGACACGAUUGGCAGUCUAUCAGGGGAGAGCUUGAGCCGAGACUGGACGGGACUCGUAGACCUCGGUGUGUGGGAUGCUUGCGUAAGGUCUGCUCACGCUGAGGUGGGCUCUAGUUAGUAGUCUCUCCCUGCUCUCCCCUUCCUACCCUUCCUUUCCCUCUGUAUCCACCAGAAAAGGCCAGUGCACUACAUCCAGCUUUGCCGCUAACCCACUGUGCUUCAUGGCAAAUACACAACCUGACCUUUUAGGAUUGAGUUGAGCUUUUUUGGCCAGCUUCAUACUUUUUUAAAAAAAUACGUACUGUAUAAUUGACGGUAGCAAAUUUCUGUACUUUAUAGCAUAGCUUUAAUUUUUCCUUUCGAAGCUAUUCUAAAACUUUCUUGGUUUAAAAAGAGACCUGUGUUGCUUAGAUGUCAUGAAUUAUUUACUUUGACUGUCAAUUGUUUCUCCAUUUUUAAAAAGAAAUUAUAUAUAUUGUUUGGUUCACUCAGGAAAUGCAUGUGUCAGGAAACCUGUAUUAUAAGUUCAGUUAGCUGUCAUGUACAAGUAACUGCUGUUACUCCCUUUCCAUAGAAAUAUAACUGAUUUUGACAUUUUCCAGAUUAUAUGCAUUAAGUAAUGAAACUUAUGCAGCAAGAAAUCCCUGUAUUGUAGUUGUUCUAAUCAUUUUAUUCAAACUAUAGUAUACUGUAGUUUAAUUUUUAUUUGCAAAUUAAUUUAUUCAAACUACGUGAGUAAACACUUUUCAAAAAUA